AUGGCUCAGACGACAACCUCUAUCAAUGGGCAUGCGCCCGAGUGGACGCCCGACUCGUGGCGGUCCAAGCCGAUGAAGCAAUGUCCCGAAUACGCCGACAAAACCGCCCUCAACAAGUCAGUCGCAUCACUCAACCGCCUGCCCCCCAUCGUCCACCCUCGCGAGAUCGUCCAGCUCAAGCAACACCUGCGCGAUGUUGCCCAAGGCAAGGCCUUCCUGUUGCAGGGCGGUGACUGUGCCGAACUGUUCGACUACUGUGAGCAGAAUGCGAUCGAGUCCAAGAUCAAGCUGCUCCUGCAGAUGAGCCUGGUGCUCCUCUGGGGUGCCAACAAGCGUGUCGUGCGCAUCGGUCGCAUGGCAGGCCAGUAUGCGAAGCCGCGCUCCAGCCCCAUGGAGACGGUCAAUGGCCGUCAGGUGCCUUCUUUCCGGGGUGAUAUCCUCAAUGGCUUCCAUGUCGACGAGAGGGAGCUCGAUCCCGACAGGCUGGUUCAGGCCUACCACCAUUCUUCGGCCACGCUCAACUACAUCAGGGCUGCCAUCUCAUCUGGCAUUGCUGAUCUGAGCAAGCCCCUCGACUGGGGUCUCAACCACGUACGCGACCCGGAGCUCAAGGCCAAGUACGAGAAGGCGGUCGAGUUCCUCCAGGACAUGCGCAGCUUUAUGCACACUAUCGGCGCCGAGAACGAGAAGUUCCACACGGUCGACCUGUUCACCAGCCACGAGGGCCUGCUCCUCGAGUACGAGCAGCCGCUGACCCGGCUGCUGGACGACCCCACCUCUUCCCCCACAGAGCCCAAGAAGGCGUACUACGACACCUCGGCGCACUUCCUCUGGAUCGGCGACCGCACGCGGCAGCUCGACCACGCGCACGUCGAGUUCUUCCGGGGCAUCGCCAACCCGCUGGGCGUCAAGGUCGGCCCGACGACGCCCGCAUCCGACCUGCUCGCGCUGCUGCGGGCGCUGAACCCGUCGCGGGAGCCCGGCAAGAUCACGCUCAUCACGCGGUACGGGGCGGACAAGGUGUCUUCGCUGCUGCCGGCGCACAUCCGGGCGGUGGAGGACAGCGAAUACCGGCGCACGGUGGUGUGGCAGUGCGACCCGAUGCACGGCAACACGCAGUCGGUCAGCUGCGGCAUCAAGACGCGGCGCUUCACCGACAUCUUCAGCGAGCUGCAGCAGACGCUGCGCAUCCACAAGGAGCAGGGCAGCUACCUCGGCGGCGUCCACCUCGAGCUGACGGGCGACCCCGUCACCGAGUGCCUCGGCGGCAGCGAGGACCUCGGCGAGGACGACCUCUCCACCAACUACACCAGCUUCUGUGACCCGCGCCUGAACGAGAAGCAGGCCCUCGAGCUGGCCUUUUUGAUUGCCGACCACUACCGCACCGAGCGGAACGGGAAUGGGAAGGCAUCGCCUUGA